AUGUCUACCCAAUUCCUCGACUUGCGUUCAUUUCUGGCGCGCAACAGCGAAAAAGCUCAGUCGAUGCUCUUUCGGUUCCGGGCCCAACAGGCCGCGGAUCUCGGAAUCAUCGACAUUGGCCGCACGCGCCGCCCGAAGGCCAUCACCUCGGUCGACUCGAUCCCAAUGUGUGAAAAAUGGCGUGGUCAGGUUCUCAAGGAGAUUUCGAGGAAAGUAUCUCGGAUCCAGGAGCCCAGUCUGAGCGACUACCAGAUCCGCGACCUGAACGAUGAAAUCAACAAGCUCAUGCGGGAGAAGUGGACGUGGGAGAUGCAGAUCCGGAACUUGGGCGGCCCCAAUUACAUGCGAGGGUCCGGCCGGGUAUUCGAUGACGAUGGUCGGGAAAUCCCUGGCGGCGGAAAAGGGUACCGAUACUUUGGCCGGGCAAGGGAGUUACCUGGGGUGAAGGAGAUGUUUGAGGCGGCGGCCAGACGGGGAAGGCCCGCGGAGGAGGACGAGGAUGAGACUGGCGGGGUCAAAGGCCGGGGAGGCGAUAUCGCGACGAAGAAGGUCGAUGCCAACUAUUUCGGGUAUGGAUUGGAUGAGGAAGAUGGCACGCUAUUGGCCUAUGAGAAGCAGAAGGAGAAGGAGGCGGUUGAUCGCCUUCGCAAGAAGGGCGAUGAAGGGGAUGAUGGGUGGGAGCCGCUUCCCGGAGAUGCUGGAGACGGCAUUGAGUGGAGGCUGCCGAAUCUGGAGGAGGUACAGGAGGAGCUUGUGGACAGGAGAAGGAGAAGACUGCUGGACAAGAUCUCCUGA